AAAAACUUUGCGUUAUAGCCAAUUAACUAAUUUCUGAAAAUGCACUGUACUAUUGUUUUGUUUACAUAACUCAUAGUGUCAUUCUUCUAAUUGCGAGGAUACUAUUGCAACUAGUGACAAAGGGGUGGGGGCAAGACUACAAUUUUAAUAAAUUUUAAAUAUUACUACAGUAUUACAAUGAUAAACUAAUAGUUGGCAAGGUCAGUAAACUUGGUAAACAAAGGCUAUGUUGCUGUUGCUGAUGAUCCUGAUCUUUUCUAAUAGUACGGCCAGUGGAUCUUAUUGUAUGUCUACUGACUGUACUAAUCAAGGUACCUCUGGGUCCUUAUUAUAUCUAAGAGUCUGUUGUGUUAUUGAUAACUUGGGAAGGAGUGUUACUAUCAAAGGGAAUGGCAUCAAUAGAUACAUUCUCUGUCCAAGAGUACAACCAAAGUCUUGUCCAGAAAGAGAUUGCUUGAGCUGGUUUAAUAAAGGCAAUACUACUACUGGUACUUAUACUAUAUAUCCUGAUGGAGAGUCUCAAGUUGAGGUAUACUGUGAUAUGAAUGGUAUCAAUUGUGAUGGAGAAGGUGGUUGGACUAGAGUAGGAUAUCUUAAUAUGACCCAGUCUGGUGCUACCUGUCCUACUGGACUAACACAAAAGAAUUUCAAUAACAUUGAUCACCCACUGUGUGGCAGAGCAGGUUAUGGCUGUGCUUCAGCUAGCUUCUCAUCUAACAGGCUAACAUACAAUAAAGUCUGUGGACAAGUUAGAGGGUAUCAAUUUUAUCACAUCGACGCAUUCUACAGUUUAAGUAAUAUAAACAGUCCUUAUGUCGAUGGUGUAUCCAUUACUCAUGGAAGUAAUCCUCGCAAACAUAUCUGGACGUAUGCAGGAGGCUACAAAGAAAACCAAUUAGACUAUGAUGGCUGUCCAUGCAACACUGGAUUCGAUGGCUCUAGAAAUCCUGCAGCAACAUUCAUUGGGUCUCAUUAUUACUGUGAGUCUGGAGUAAAAUCAAAUCAGUCAGUCUCUGGUGAUCUCUAUGCUACUGAUCCAUUGUGGGAUGGACAGCAAUGUGAUGGCCCAGAGUCUACCUGCUGUCCAGCUAACUCUAAGAUGCCUUGGUUCUAUCGCUCACUGGAUACACAAACCACUGAUGAUAUUGAGUUGAGAGUCUGCAGUAAUGUUUAUCAUACUGGAGAAGACACUCCAGUUGAUAUAAUAGAGUUUUACAUUAAAUGAUGAUUAUAAUAAUGUGUUGUAUAACAGAGUGUGUAUGUGUGUUGUGUGAUGUACAUGCCAUAAAUUAUACGUAUUGGUUUGACAUGUAAAUUAAAAAGAAGUUAUGCAUCUAUAGUGUAAAAA